AUGCCAUGCAUCAUAUCUGAAGCCCAAGCAGGAUUUAUCCCAUGGAGGAAAAUAGCAGACAAUAUCAUUCUUGCUCGUGAGUUAGUUAAAGCUUAUAGCAGGAAACAUAUCUCCCCUAGAUGUAUGAUGAAGGUUGACAUGAUGAAAGCAUAUGAUUCUGUUGAAUGGGUGUAUUUGGAACAACUGUUAGAAUAUUUAUGCUUCCCCACAAAAUUCAUUAAUUGGGUGAGAACUUGUGUAUCAACAGUGAGCUAUUCAAUCAUGAUAAAUGGGGAGUUGACAAAACCUUUUGAAGCUGCCAAAGGACUCAGACAGGCCAAUCCCAAUAAGCGUGCAAUCUACUUUGGGGGAGUUGCUCAGGAUACUAGGCAAGAAAUUCUACAGAAUACUGGAUAUUCACUUGGGGAACUGCCUUUCAAAUAUCUGGGCAUCCCAUUGGAUACAAAGAAGAUAACGGCUUUGCAAUGGCAACCAUUGAUUGACAAAUAG